ACAACAUUGACCGAGGCUGUCUUUGCUUGGCAGGCGGCGAGUAAGGACGUGGCGCCCUUGGUCCGUAAUAUUUUCCCCUAAAAUUGAAGUCUUUAUUAUAUCAGCUUGAUAAAACAUCUUAUUACAAAUGGCAACCGAGGAAAACAAAACCCACAGUGGCAAUUGGAGUGUGAUGAGUGAAACUGCCUUAGCUAAGAACUUUCCGCUGCACCGGGCGUGUCGUGACGGGGAUGUGGCUGCACUCGCCGCCCUGCUGCAGCAGGACGCCACACACCGCCACCUCACACUUGAGGACACCUACUAUGGCUGGACACCUACACAUUGGGCUGCCUACUUCGGCAAGCUGGAGUGCCUGAAGGUGCUGGUGGAGAGCAGUGGAAGUAUGCACGCAGGAAUGACAACAUCAAGAUUCACCCAGACACCAGCACACAUUGCAGCAUUUGCCGGCCAUCCUCAUUGUCUUAUGUGGCUGCUCCAGACAGGACUAAAUGUCAACACACAGGACUAUCUUGGAGAGACAUCGCUUCACAAGGCAGCUCGGACGGGGUCUAUGGAGUGUGUCACUGUCUUGUUGGGCAGUAAGGUUCUGAUAGGAAUUUUGAACAACAAUGGUCAGACAGCAGCCCAACUUGCAAAUGCAUGUGGCUACAGUGACUUGGCAAACUACUUACUGCAGGCUGAAGGAAAACAAGCUAAUGGUGAGCACAAUGGUUUCAUCAGUUGUAGUGUGCCAAGCCAUGGCCUUAAUGGAGGAGUCUUCCCACACAGCACUGAAAUGGGACAGCUCAAUGGAACUCAUAAGGCAGAUACCCCCAAUAAUGGCUUCAUAUCUGCAUCUAAUCACAUGAGUACAAAUAGUUCUGUCACUGGUAGCAAUUCUACCUUCACUUCUUCCAAUGGUUAUUAUGGCUUUCAGCCAACAAACAAUCCUGCAAAUGAAAGUAUGAAUGGCCAUGGAAAUAUUGCUUCUAAGUCUCAUAAUCAAGAAUCUGAAGACUGUGAAAUGGAAACCGAUGCAAAUCCAGUUGAUUCUCAGAAUGGAAAAGACAACACCAUGGAACCUGUCUUGAACAAUUACAUGAAAUCCUCUUCCCAGAAUGGAUUUUGUAAUGGAAAUAUUCCUAAAGCCAUGUCUACAUACACAAAUGGCAGCAAACAAAAUGGAUCCAGAGAAGUAGCUAAUGGUCAUAGAGCCAAGAUAGGUUUUGUUAGUGUAAGUCCUGUUAACCAGACAAGCUUUGUGCAUAAGACUCUUCCUCCAAUGGAACAAGAUAUCACUUUGAAUGAUGGAGUAUCCAAAAAUUAUAUUCCUAUUGCUGGUUGCAAGAGAUCAAGAGAAGAUGUAUAUGUUCCAGAAAUGAAGAGGAUGAAAACUGAUGAUGGAUUACCUGUGAAGAAGCUGCAGCAGCACCACAGCCAGGUCCAAGCCCCUGCUACCAUGACAGUCUCCUCCUCCAUGGUGGACCACUUUUUAACUGUCAAAAUGGAGGACGGUUAUGAGGCAAUCAACUUUGAGGCAAUGAUGGCUGAGGUGCAUGGUUGCUAGUUAAUUGCUUUCAUGUUUGAAGAAAGUUAAAAAAAUGUAAUGUCACUAUAAUUUUCUAUCCAUAAGCAAGUAGCUUUUUUUUAAGUUAUGAGUAUACAAAGUAAUGAGUGAUAUAAAUUUAACUGAUUAUUGAAGAACAUCUAGCAUAUGAUGAUUUUGUAUUGGAGUCAUUCCCAUUCUAAGGAUAACUACGUAUAUUCUUUGGAGUGAAACAGUAAUCCUACUAGUUGACUGGAGUAAGUGACGGCUCCACACAAACUGGAAUAGUCUCCUAACCCCACUCUCUUAUUACAUACCAAAAAUCCAGGCACAGCACAGGUGGCCACACAUGUCACAACAAGGUUCAACAGUGUACAUUAGUUUACUGCUGCGCUUUCAUAAUGAUAUUCGUUCUUACUACACACCUACUCCAAUCCAGAGACCAUAGUACCUGGUCUAUAAGAAUGGUAUGAGUGACCCCCCUCCCCCACACACACACAUACUUGAGAAGUAUAUUCCAUAUAGCGACAAAUAAGGCUAUUGUACAGAGUUAGUAGCUGGGGAUGUUAGAAAAAUUGGCAGAAACGACUCAGAAUGGCAAACAUCAUAGAAGCUAGGGCACUCCUCCAGUGAACUAGCUGGAUCUGGUGUUGGUCAUCGUGAAAUUAUGUAAAAAACCUAUCCAGAUAUUUAGUAUACAUUUUCACUGCAUAGGUAUUCAUAUAAAUACAUUCAUCUGCACAAGAAAUGUAAUCUCUAAUCUGUUCAGGGUGGUCUGAGUUAUCCUUACAGUGGGAGUUCUUCAUUAUACAUACCAAAGAUUUGUCAAUUUUUGAGAGGGCAAAUAUAUAUGGGUUUUAUUUCAUAUUAAACACAGUACUGCUAUUUAUAAGGUAAGCCUCCACAGGAUGGCUCUGGGGAAAGGAGAUGAUGAGAUCCCCAGUUAAUCCAUAUGGCAGGAGUUUAUGCCUAGUCCUCCAAACAAAAGUUGGAGCUUAGUGCAAUAAUAUUGUAUCUUAAGUCGUGUCGGACAUAUUUACAACUAACUACUGAUGUCAACAAUUUAAGAUUUAAUAGGACUUGGUUAUUAGUAAUGUUACUGCCUGUUAUAGGUUAUUCUUAUUACAAAUGCAAAGAUUGUUUUCAUUAUUGCACAUGAAUGAAACCUGUUUUUGUAAUUUCAACAGUAUAUAGUAGUAAUGACUACCGUUUGUGUUCAUGACUAAGUGCUGAUGGUUAUGAAGUAUAUCCAGUAGCCACUAGCAUCAAUUAUGAUGGCAAUGGGCUAACAAGUUAUGGUGAUUUGAUGUACUUCACUGAAAGUAUAUCUUUAAGUUAUCUUGAUGGAACUUGCAUUUAGUGUAGUGAGGAUCAUUGUUAGCAUUUAUUAUAAUUUAGUUUUUUAUUAAUUCCCUUUUUCAUAUGGGUGACAUACAGUAAAGAAGCUGGAAAGAGAAAUGAAAGUAGAGUCAAAAAAUACAAGUGUCUUUCUGCUUCCUUCUUGUAUGGUGGGAAAGCAUCCAGUGGGAAGGCAGAGGAGCAAUACCCCACCUUUACCCCAUUGUCAUAUACAUCAUGCAGGGAAUACAGAGAUAUGUGUUAUGUAAUAUCCAUGUCUCAGUGACUAAAUAAAUCAAUAUUAUUAUUGUUACCUCCAGAUGUUGCUGAUGAUACCUUCUGCUUUUUAAGAUAGUUGUUUUAACAAGGGGCUUGACCUACAGAUACAAUUUUCCUAGAGGCAUUAGUAUGUUUAUCAGCGAGGAAUAAUUAUCACAUACACAAUAUAGAUUAAUAAAUUUCCAGAAUCUCACAAAACCUAAUGUCACAUCCAUUAUGUAUAUUGAAGCCAGUGAGUUUAUAAAUUUGUCAAACUUCUGGUACAUGUGCAUGAGAGAGUUGAAAGAAGUUUCUUGGCAUGUUCUAUACCUUCAAUGGAAUCUUUUUAAUCCAUGAGCAACAUAAACCAGACUCACAGAUGUGUGUAAUCUGAGGUCCCCCUGUAUUGUAGAAUAUGGGUCAUGGAAGUACAGGUACAUACCAUUUUUACAUAACAUUUUAUACAAAACAUUUCUUUAUGGAAAUGAAAGAAGUUACUAAAAUAAAAAAAAAAAAUGAAAAUUUCAAUUCUAGGUCUCCAUGUAUCAUUACAAGAUCCAUGACAAUGUCUAUGUCUAGUAGAGACAUUCUAAAAUGUUAUGUAGGGUGAUGGUCAUUUCUGAACACUGUAGUUACAAAUUAUAAAUGUACAAAUGGGUGAGAAGUUAAGAGCCAUUAAUUGUUAGUUUUGUAUAAUUGUUUAUAUAUCUAGUAUGCCCACAGCAGCCUUAACUAGAUUCCCAUAUAAAUUAUGAGUGAAUAUAAGCAUCAACUACGACACUGUUAAAAUGAGCGUGAAUGAUCACAUGAUUGUUUUAAUACAGUGAGAGAAUUCUUAUGGAACCUAAAUGGAAAUAAAGUUUGUCUUGAAC